AUGAAAUUCUAUGAAUCAUUAAAAAUGUACUCUUUGAACUCAUUGAUGUCCUUGAUAUUUACUUUAAUUUAUUACAACAUUAUUCUUUCUGGGAUUCUUUUAAAAUUCCUAAUCCAACUUAAAUCAUGGUUUGGCGUAGUUGGUUUUGUGACGUACAUUGUGGAAUCAGGAAUGUCAGGAAUAUUUACAUAUGGGUACAUUUCUUAUGUUUCUCUGAUACAAGAUCGAAUGUGGAAACUCAACGAAAAGUUGCAAGUCAUUAUUCAAAAGCCACCAGAAGAACUUGAGAAGGAAUACGAAACGAAAGAACUUCUUUGCAACGAAAUGAUGAGAUUCACAAAAUUAUACAAAAAUUUGUGCUCGUGUGUUGAAGAUAUCAACCAGAUUUAUGGCUCAUCAAUGGUUUUAUUUUUUGCUCAUGAUUUUACUCUUCUGACAACGCAAAUUUUCGGGAUGUUUUACAUCAGUUUCUUUGGUGAUCCACAACAAUUAGUUUACAAGUUAUUGGCUUUAGCAGUCUGGUUGUUGCCGAACAUAAUCAAGAUGACUAUCAUUUGCUUCGUUUGUCAUUUCACACGAAACAUGAUUGAAACAUGCGGAACUUAUAUAAGGAAGUUCAGUAAUGAAGCAAAGGAAGAUGACCUUGCUGAUCUUGUUGAUAUGUUUUCCCUUCAAUCGAUUCAUCUCAAAACAGAAUUUUCAGCUAAUAACUUUUUUUCAAUCGACAUGUCACUCUUUUUUUCAAUCAUUUCCGCUUGCACAACAUACUUGGUGAUUUUAAUUCAAUUUAAAAACUACGAGGAUGAAAACGUUGAUGUUGUUUUGCAUGAAAAUUUUACAACAACUCUGAGUGGGAUACUUUUAAUACCUUUGUCUAUGAAUGUAGUCACAAAAUUUUCUAAUUAUCGUUUUAUAGUUUUAACAUUUCAAAGCUUUGUAUUUGACAAAGAACAUGCCAUGACUGCUCUAAAAGCUCAAUUUCAGAGAUGUUGUCGAUGUUUUGUGGGUGUGACAUCAAUUUAA